AUGGAAUCAAUCAAGUCCAAACCCAAGGCGGGUCGGCCCCAGCGAGCCCGCAACAAUGGCCACGCUACCGCGAGGGAACAAGACAGCUCAUCUUCGUCCGCGACCUCGUCUGAGGGCUCGUCUUCAUCUGAAGAAGAGAUGCCUGCCCGUCUCAGCGUUGAUUCUUCCUCGUCUGCCGAGUCGACAUCGUCCGAGGCCUCUUCCUCGGCCUCGGAAUCCAUGCCACCACCCCGGCUGCCACUGGUCUCUACGCCUCCCAGCUCUGUGAUCCCCAAUGCUAGCGCAGGCGCCAGCGCUUCGGGCAGCCAGCAGGAGGAGGAGAUUGAGACACGGCCGUCACGGUCCGAGUCCACAGCGUCUCGCGCCAACCGUCUGUCGCUGACACUACCCAUCGCACCGCCCACCUCGUUCCCGUCCAGGCCGACGCCCGCAUCCUCGUCGGUGGCAUCGUUCCCCGCCACACCUAUUGACGUCGCAUCGGGCUUGGCGUCGCCUGCUGAGCCACUUGACCUGAUUACAGCCAUUGCCGCCCAGGAGCGUCGUGUGCUCGAGCUUCGAGAGGAGCUCAACCGCGCAGAAUCCGGUCUCACCAAACUAAAGAGGCAAUGGGCCACCCACGAGGCGCAGAAGAAGCGGGCAGAAAUUAGAAGAACAGAGCCCAUGCGCUCGCUGCCUGCGCGGCCCGGCACCGCCUCAACGGUCGACCCCGGCUCUCCAGCCGUGCCGUUCGACGAUGCCUCGUCAAAACGGACAUCGGAGCUGGACAGAAGAAAGGCGCUGCUUCUUGGACAGCAACCGGGCAGCCAGGCAGGCAGCGAUCCCAACACGCCAACGCAGUCUCGUCGCCGCGUGUUCCGGGGUGGCCAUGCCCGAACAUUGUCUCUUCUGUCGCCAACCAAGACGUCGGCUGAUGGCUUCGAUGUCCACGAGGACCAGCCCGAGGCAGGGGGGGACGAAGAAGCGGUCAAGUCGCCCAUGUCCCCGCUGGAAUUGGACUCGCCUUUCUUCCAGAACUUGAGCCGCAGCGCUGCCUCGCAGUUGUCAAAGCGUGCCUCGUGGGCUCCACAGUCUGUCCAUCAGGUGGCAGGUCUGAAGCAGGUUGCCGGCGAUCUUACUGCGACACUGUGGACGUUUGUUGAAGACCUGCGCCAGGCUACCGUCGGUGAGGAGCUUGCUGGGGCGAACAAUAGCAUGCGCAACAUUGACCCCAACUCCCGCACAACCGAUGACACGCAAAGCACAAUCCGCGCCUCUGCCUCUGGCCGGCCGAAUCUUUCCAGAGCCUUUACGACUGACCUGCAGGGCACACCAACGCCGCCUCCCCGUCACGGCGCCUCGGGCAGCAUUUCGGAACAGCCAACCGACUCCAAGGAUAAGAGCACCAAGUCGGCCGCCAGCGGCAGCACCAAGACAAGGGCCUCCAAGGCUGGUUCCAAGUCUGGCUCCAAGGCCGGUUCCAAGGCCGGAAAUGGCAAAGACGCAAAGCAGUUCUCGUGGACGCCCCUGACAGUUGACUCGUACGACGAUAACGACUGGUCAAGCUGGGAUAGCCCCACGGUGAAGUCGCCUCGUUGGAGUGGGUCAACCGCAAACGGAGAGACGGUUGCCUCCUCCAUUCCAGGGCAAGCUGACGAAAAAGCAACACCUCAAAAGCGCACUUCUCCCACGUCGACCUUUUCGCCCACAUCGCCGUCCGGAAGCCGGGCCAAUGACAUCAACUGGCCGGCCGCUCUCAACCGUCUGACACCGGGCAACAUCAAGCGCACAGCCACUGACCUGAUGAAGGAGUGGGAGAAGUCUCUGUCGCCGCCGACGGAUGAUACGCAAGGCGAAAACACGCCCAUCGUUGAGGACCGUAUCCUGUAA